GUCUGGGUUGCGUUUCCUGAGUGGAGAGGCCAGCUGACUUCCGGUGUCUUUAAAUCGACUGCCAUUAAGUCAGUCCGUCCGGGCUGCUUGUGUUUUCUGGCGGAUCGGAGCGGUCCAGACGGCGAAAAUAUAGAUGGAAAAGGACAUCUUUAUUCCGGUUUAGAUAUUUUUAGAAUCGAAAGAGAGGUCGGCAGCUGCUUGAGCGGCGCUUCGAUGUAGUUUGUUCGAUAUUGCGAAAUCUGUUUGUUUUUUUGUUUUGCGUGUGUCUUCUGUUUUCGUUGCGGUUCCUCUUUGCUGCUCUAAAAUGCUGCUGGACUCAGGACUGUCCGUCACCCGCUCAGAACGGACACGGGUUUAUCAAACCGGCCACUGGUUUUAAACGACCGUCGGAGCCUUCUGUUUAAAGAGUGAGUGGGGGGAUGACCUCUUCAUAGCCCUUUCUGAUAAAUCAGGAACUUCCAGCUUUCUAGUGCGUCCGUCUACAGGCCUUUUUUGAUAAAUCUCGGAAUUUAUCUCACGCCUGGAUGAAGAACGGCUGUGUGUGUGUGUGGAAUAUAUUGUUACAUGACGACGUGUAAAAUAUUGAUUGUCCUGAAUACUGGCGGCGCCGCUGGAUCUUGGAGGAGCUCCUAAAAACACAGCGAGUUGAGGAGGAUGUGAGAAGAGUUUAUCCCGUCGGUAAACAGCCCCUCGGUGCACAGAUGCACGCCGUUCGUGGCAGUUCUGUGAGCCGCUGUUGUUAAUGGCGCUUGUUGGUGUUGCGUGUGUUGGUUUGUAGGCGGUCUGACAACAGGCCGCUAGCCCCCCUGGACUCGUGAAGUAGUAGUACUACCGUAGCCCUGAAAGCGCAUUUACACGAGCCGGUCGCGCCUGUGCCAGGCUGUGUAACGCGUGGGUGAGACGGGGGGGGGGAGGGAGGCGGAAGAGAAACGCAUAAACAUUGCCUUUGUAUCGGCUCGGGGGGGGGAGGUUGAACUCGCUUCCUGCUCCGACCCACAGUGUCUUUGUGAAGGCCAGCGACGGGACCCGGUGACGCCGACAUGACUUCUCAUCGAGACCAGGAGACGGUGAACCUCCGUCUGAUCCUGGUGAGCGGGAAGACCAAGGACUUCAGCUUCUCCCCCAACGACUCGGCCACUGACAUCGCCAAGCACGUCUACGACCACUGGCCCAUGGACUGGGAGGAGGAGCAGGUCAGCAGCCCCGGCAUCCUGCGGCUCAUCUUCCAGGGCCGCUUCCUGCACGGCAACGUCACGCUGGGAGCUCUGAAGCUCCCCCCCGGCAGAACGACGGUGAUGCACCUGGUUGCCCGGGAGACCCUACCUGAGCCGAACUCCCACGGUCAGAGGAACCGGGAGAAAACUACAGAGAGCAGCUGCUGUCUGCUUCUGUGAACCCCUCCCCCACCUGCCCUUUCCUCACUCCCAGCCCCUCCUGUCCUUUGCCCCCCGUUUGUCCACCUCCUGCAACCUGAGGGCUGGAAGUGAAGAUCUGGCUGACUAAACCCACACCCCCUCCAUCACUCCCACCCACUCGUCGCCAUACUGGACGAUAACGAAGACGAAGGCCGCCUCAAAUCCCGAAAGGAUUUCCGCGUUUGCCAACACAAAUCCUGAAGGAGCCCGUACCCUGCUCCACCGCCGCUUGGCCCUGCUCUUCUGGCGUGAGGCCGGGGAGAAACGCAGUGGCUCGCUGACCGGGUGCCCUCGGAGGAGGCAGGGGGCUGCCUGCCUGUGAUCCGGCAGGGCCCUGUCCGACGUGGCCUGAGCAGCCGAGCCAUGUGCCACUGUUUGUCCCCCCACCAGGAACGCUGGACUAGAGAUCCGCUUCCGCGCUGGUGUUCCCCCGACACCAGAGUAUUCCGGAUUCUGCCUUACCUUCUUUUAUUGUAUUUGCUUUGUUGUGACUGUUGGGGUCGAGUGUGGACACACACAGCUACACCUUCUCCUACUCCGAAUGAGGAUCUCCGUGGUUUUGACGGGAGGAGAGAUGCCUCGAUGAGCGACAGUAGGGGUGGCUCAUCAUUUUAACAGCUUCCCCGUUUCUUUAUUCCUGGGAACGCCUUUUUUUUUUUUGUCCGGGAGGGGCGGGUGAGCCACAAGCGAACCCCGCCUCCUGGCAGCGGGCUGGACCGCACCUGUAAUGGCCAGUACGUGUCCCGGUGCAUCCUGGGAAAGCCGGGGGUGGGCUUUCGUGCAGCACACCGACGCCCUGGAGGCGAGGGCUUCGCCCGGCGGGCGGGGAAGAUGAGGACAAACCCCCCGCGGGUUUGGGUCGCAACGCCAGGCCUCGUCCCCGGGGCUGCCCGCCGUGUCCCGUCGGCGCUGUGAAUCCAGUGCCUCUUCCCUCCUCGGCUCCCCCUUUCCUGUUGCCCGCCGGCCCCCUGCCUCCUGUCCUGCGCUGCAGGCCGGGUGAGGCCUGCCCGCUCUACGGAUUGGGACUUUUGCUUGGCUUGUUUAAAAGGCGUAGGUGCGCAGAGAGGUUAUUUCCCUCAACACGGCUUCAGUAAACCCUUGGAGACUCCUGUGCACCCGGGAGACGGGUUCGGAUCUGCCUCCCGGAGCUCCUGCAGGAGGAGCGGCCGUGCCGCCAAGCGAGCGAUGUCGUCCCAGGGGUGCGGAACGCACCCCCCCCCCACAGCUGUCUGCCCGGCGCUGGGCUGCACCUGCCCUGGAGCAGGGAAGGGCUUGGGGAUCGGGUCUCGAGGACUGGCCGGACAGCUUGGCCUGCCGUGAGACACGUGCGCGUUACUAAACGCAGAUCCUCUCCGGCCAGGCGCUGGGAACCCAGUUCAGCCUUUCGCUGGUGUCACGGUGUCGGGCGAGGGGCCUUUUUUCAAAAUUUGAAAUAGCCAGUCUGGGGGCAGUGUUACAAAAUGCCGAAGAAGAGAUUGUCUUUCUUAAUGGGGGGAAAAAAAUGUUUGCUUCCCAGGGUGUGUCUGUCCCAAGGGCAGGAGCAGAGAACCGGACACCCUUAAUCUCGCUGGUUCUCUCUCUCUCCUACGUUUUAGCUGCUGCAGUGUUUUUUUUUUAUCUUCCAUCUUGAAUUUCGCCAGCGUUAAUCCUUCAAUUAUGCUGUUCAGUGUACAAUCUUGAAUGCAGGCUUUCUUGUAAUGGCGGUCUACCGGUGUCGUCUUCUGAGCCUUGGAAACCGAGAGGGGCUGCUAGCUCGGUUUCCCAGUCCUGUUCGUGACACCCCCCACCCUCCUGCCAGAUCAGCUUCCAAUGAUCAAGUUAACUAAUUAAAGCCUUAACAGGCUUAGGAGGUUUACUUGGAACUGUUUUGUUUGCCUAGACCCACGUGAUUUUUGCCUUCUAAAAAAAAAAAGUUACAGAAGUAUCUUGAGAUGCCAAUUUUUGGUUACAAAAAAUCUUGUAGACGUUCCAGGCAAGCAGUAUGUUUCUUCGAUUAAGGAUGAAGCAGUUGUGGGGUCCCCAGAACUAGGGGUAGGGACCCUUGUUCUACAGGGCCCUUAGUCGAUCACAGGGGGGUUCAGUCCUAGUCCUGUAGGGCUGGAGUCUCUCUGAAGGAGCAGCGCUUGGGCAGCUGAAGGAAAUUAGAUUUGUUCAUCUUGGACACUGAUGUGCAAUGAGCUGCAUGAGGUUGUGCAGGCCUGUGAUAAAAAAAAGAUAAAAGGCGUAGACGCCACUCGGCCUCCUGGGCCUGGAUCUGACAGCCCUGGUCUUGUUUCUGGUGUUUGUCCCCAUCUCUAAAAAUACCUUGAGCCCAUUUUGUUUCCCAAUUUAGAAAUCGUAAGCCACCCGGUUUAGUGCAAGUUUCUUUUAAUCCCUUAAAACAAAAGCUUGUGACUGUGUCAAAGAUGACCAGGCCUGCUUGCCUCAGCUAGAUCACCAAUCCUGGUCACCCGUCACCCAUGAAGAUCAAGAUUGGACUUGUUUCUGUGCUGCGGUUUCCAGUUUUGCCAAGUGCUGUUUUUAAGUAGCUAAGCAAAAUGAAUCAUGACAAGAGCUCCCGUUAUGUUAUACAGUGGGGGUGGAUUGAGCAAAGUAAUUUCAAGGAUAAUGUUUAAAAUUAACAUGAACAUUAAUAAUGAAAUUACCUCUCCAAAAUAAACACCAAACGCAAAAGGCCUAUAACUAAUCUGUGUCCAGGCCUGGGCUUGAGUAAUCCAGCAGAUUUUAUAGGUCACCAUUAAAUCAGAUUUUUAAGACCUGGCACAAUUUAAUGCUCAAUUCUGGGUGAUGAUGGAGCAAUUAAGAGAUCGUUUGUUUUAUUCAGGGCUGACAGUUUGUUUCAGUGUUCCCUUAAUUGAAAACUAUUUCCUUAACUGCUCAGUAACGUGCCAGUGUGCCCAGUAUUUAGAAGUGGGUGAUUCAGGAUGACCUGUCAGCCCUACUGCAGUGGGGUUCUCUGGGAUCAGGAAUGGAGACCCCCUGAUUUAGACUUUUCUGUCUGUGGCCUUGAACUGAACACCUGCUGGUGUGUUCAAAGGGUGAGAGUUUCUUCCUACCCAAAUGUUUUGUUUUGCAUUGACCACGUCACGUAUUCGUGAUCAUCCUGCCCGCCUUGAAAGCUGAAACGCUGGGAUCGCUGGGGUUGACCCGCAAGAGAGAGAGGGGCGCCAGUCCGGGAGGAGCUGUGAGCUCACUCGUGCGGGCCCUACCGCUGCGUCCUCGUACGCAGACUCCGGAGCUCCCUCUGUUGUGCGACUGACCGCGACGAGUCGGUGUGCCGGCGCUCGGCGCUGCUAAGGUCCGCAGGCCCGGUGUAUUAACGCCCGGCACACGCAUCUCUCUGCGGUGUUCGCGGCCUGCAGAGUGGCGCAGGCCGCGUUUGGGAGAAGAAAAUGGGAACUUGGCAUCCGUCUGUGUUUGUGUGUGUGUGUGUGUUUUUUUUUUUUAACGCAACUCCCUCCACGCCCCCGCGCGCGGAGAGAAUGGCUGCACCUUGAUAAGGAGGUGUUGGCGUUGAGGUCACGUGGCCGAAACCCUCCGUGGAUUCGGUGCUGGCUGGCUAGCGCGCACUGGCGGAAGAGCGGCUCCACGGCGCGGGGCUGCGGUGACGCUUUAGCCGCGUGGCGGCAGUGUGAUUUGCAUGAUACUACGUCAGCCCAGAACAGGAACUGCAGUAUGACGCACCUUUACAGACUUUAUGCGUAAGGGUACUGUCUGGACACUAAAGUAUCCGUAAUUUUACCUUGGUGUGUAUGCAUUUUUUUUCUUCUCUUGGAAAUACUAAUAUUAAAAGAAUUAUAAAUAGAAAUUCUAUCGUUUAUCAGCGUUGUUCGUAUAUUUUACUACUAAAAUAAAUUGCUGAUUCUUUUUUU